UUUGUAUUCAGCCAAAGAGAAAGACAUAGAGAUCUAGUUUGGACCAUCAUUCCGUACUACAAGAAAAUCAUUCGGUGGCUCCAAAAAGAAGACCCACCCUCCUUCCCUUUAUUUGUCCACACCCUUGAAACAACGACAGUCUGAGAAGCAACAACGCAGCUCGUAAAAGAAAAAAAAACCAUCAGAAGAGACGAGCUACGAAGCGGACAUAGGAGUGAAUUUCCGUCACAGCUUUUGUGUUAUUAAAUUGAGACCUCCUCAGGUUUGAGGAUGAAGCUGGCGAGAAACAGCAGACGGUGCUCAACAGUAGAUGGAGAUGGGAAGAAGGAGCGGGCUCCCCCAUUCAGGAACCCCUUUGUGCAUGACAUACGAUUCACCCCGCUGCAAAAAGCCCAGAUUGCAGUAAUGACAGUGACGCUGUUUCCUAUCCGCCUCUUCUUCGCUGCGUUCAUGAUGUUGCUGGCCUGGCCCUUUGCAUUCCUCGCCUCCAUGGGACGCUCAGAAAAAGUCAUAGAAGAGCCACUCUCGUGGUGGAGAAAAGUCUUUGAUGUUCUGCUCAAAGUAAUAAUGCGGGCAAUGUGGUUUGCUGGGGGGUUCCACUGGAUGACUGUGAAGGGACGUCAGGCGCUGCCCACGGAGGCUCCAAUCCUGACGCUUGCGCCGCAUUCCUCUUACUUCGACGCCAUUCCUGUCACCAUGACCAUGGCCUCUAUCGUAAUGAAGGCGGAAAGCAAGGACAUUCCAGUCUGGGGAACCUUGAUCAAGUACAUUCGUCCAGUGUUUGUGUCCCGUUCAGAUCAGGAUUCCCGGAAAAAAACAGUUGAAGAGAUAAAGAGGAGAGCCCAUUCAGAAGGAAAAUGGCCUCAGAUAAUGAUAUUCCCUGAGGGAACUUGCACCAACAGGUCCUGUCUGAUCACAUUCAAGCCUGGGGCAUUUAUUCCUGCAGUCCCUGUGCAGCCUGUGGUGCUCCGUUACCCCAACAAAAUGGAUACAAUCACAUGGACAUGGCAGGGGCCUGGAGCGUUUGACAUUCUAUGGCUUACUUUGUGCCAGUUACAUAAUGUUGUGGAAAUUGAGUUCCUACCAGUCUAUACACCCUCUGACGAGGAAAAGAAGAAUCCAGCUUUAUUUGCUAACAAUGUCAGGUGCUUGAUGGCAAAGGCCUUGGAGGUUCCAGUUACAGAUUACUCAUUUGAGGACUGUCAGCUAGCAAUGGCCGAGGGCCAGCUGAAGCUUCCGGCUGAGACGUGCCUCUUGGAGUUCGCCAAACUUGUCAGAAGACUCAGCUUAAAGCCUGAGAAGGUUGAAAAGGACCUUGAGGAGUACGGGGAGAGAGCCAGAAAGACCAAAGGAAAAAGGCUUGACCUAGAGGGGUUUGCCUCCUAUUUAAAUCUCACAGUCUCAGACACUCUGAAAGAUAUGUUUGCUCUAUUUGAUGAGAACGAGGAUGGCACAAUGGAUGCCCGAGAGUAUGUGAUUGCCUUAUCUGUAGUAUGCAAACCUUCUAAAACUCUUGAAACGAUAAAACUAGCCUUUAAGAUGUAUGAGUCAGAACAAGAUCAAACGAUUUUAGAAGAACAUUUAGCCUGCAUUCUGAAGACAGCCUUGGGAGUAUCAGAACUGAAUGUAACAGAUUUGUUCAGAGCAAUUGAUAUUUUGGAGAAAGGAAAAAUAACUUUCAACGACUUCAAUGACUUUGCAGAACAGAGCCCUGACUUUGCAGAGGAGUACCUCUACCCAGAGCAGACAGGUUUCCUAAGCAGUGCAGAGACCCCGUCAGCCCUGAUCGCAAAUGGCUUCUGCACAGACUUCAGCCCAGAGGACCAAUACGAAGAGGAAAGGAGGCCCCAGCGGAAAAAACUUAACUGAAUGGUUACAAAACAUGCCUAUGUCUCCUCUCCUGGUGAGAGUAAAAAGGCUUAUGCCAAGAGUGUGCUACAUGGUCGGUCAGACAUAUGUGGGAAUAACUUAACUCUGUGGACAUGCUACUCCCCACACCCCCUUAUAGUUAUCAUUUCCAAUUGUUUUUCUUGUCGCUUGGAAUGUUACAAUUUUUUUUUUUUUUUUCAAAUGCUAUUUAAAAAAAGGAAUCUGAAAGCCACAAAAUGUGAAUGUGAUUCAUCUGUAAAAGUACACUUGAAGGCAAACCAAGCACAUAUUUAUUUAAUUUGUAUUUGUUUUGCUUUUCUUUUCAUAAUUAUUUGUUUAGUUUUAUGAACAGUGUAACUUACAGACUGCAUGUUUUAACACAAAAAAUCAAGUGGGGAAAAAAGUGUAGCCCCUGUUGUAUUUAGUGCACCUUGUUUAGUGAUUUUAUAGUGGUGUAUUCAUUUUGUGAGGUUUAUUUUUUUGUUAGCUCAACUAGUUUUUCAAGAAGCUUUUGAAAACAAAAAAGGUGUUUGCAUAGGAUUGUCUUGAAAUGUUUUUUUCAAACAUUAAGCUAAUAUACAGGGGUCUGACAAAAUGGCCUUUAGAAACACACUAUAGUGUAAGGGAGUAGGGCCUUUUAUAACUGAUGUUUUUUGGUUACUGACUAGUUCUCUUGAUUGAUCAGAUUUCCAUGAGCAAGCAGUCUAUGAGCCAGUCUAAAAUGGAGCUCAGGGAAUCAGACAAUGAAAGACAAAGAUGGGAGUGGGGAAUAGAUCAACUAUACAUUAAAAACACAAAUGCAACUAAUAUCUAUACAAUAUAUACACAUUUUCCAGGUUGUAUGUGAUAAUUUGAACUGUGAAGCUUCAAAGCUAAACCUACUGGAAGUUAUAUUUUUCUUAACCUUAAAUGUGAACAGAACUUCCAUAUCUGAAAAUCCUCAGUGGACCUAAAAAAAAAAAAAAAACAUUCAGUUGCAUAAUUUAUAUGCUAUGGGCAAAGACCAAAAUCUCGCCAAUGUUGUGUUUAUUUUUCUGGUUUUUUUUAUUUGGUCCAUGACGUAUACUGUUCACAUAUGUGGACCUUGUUCUGUUGAGAUACAUACUGAUUUCUCAGCCUGAAUGUGGUAUCUACAUUUGUCAACAGCAUGACAUCACAUUGACCUGAUCUACUUGCUAAGUUUUUCAUGCCUUACAGUAAGAAUUAAGAUUCCAGUUACAAUUUCUCUAAAACACUCACAUUCCGCACCCUGUCCAGCUUACUGUACAGUCAGUUUGAAAAUGAAUGAUUACAGUGGCAUUUUAUUUCCAUUACAGAAACACUUCACUUAGCACUGCCAUAUCAAAACUUUUUUGGAAAUGGAUGAAGAAGAAAGACAACACCUAAAAUCUGCUUUCCAACCGAGCCGUACACAACCAAACCCAGAUUUAGAGUCUAGAAAACAGGGAGUUUAAUCAAAUCGGUAAAAUAAAAUAUAAUAAAGAAACAAACUAUUGUAAAUAUAAUAGCCUAUUUUAAUAUAUAUAUCUAAAAGAGCGUUCAUUUUAUUCUCUUAUGCUAUUAUGACACGAAAGAACAAAGAGUUAGCAUCCAAACGGUUUCCUAACUUUAUAAAUAAGAUGACCUUUGUGCAUCAGUGCUGUUUGGAGCAUUGCAAGUUUAGAAAGUACAAUGCAAAACCUGUUCAGGGUUGCUGAAAGUUUGACCAAAUAAUUUGCUUUACCUUUUAGUACUUUUUUUUUUUGUGAUCGUACUUUAUCAGAAUUGUUAAACAGACGUGGCAACAGAAUACACUGUUCAGUUAGCUUGUUCAAGCUCUGCUUUAGAAUGCUGUGAGGGUGGUGGUGUCGUCGUCCCUCGAGGGAGUGAGGGGUAGUGUUUUGUUUUGUUUUGUUCUUUGUUUUGUUUACUAUGGAGAGGGAAAAUGCAUACCCUUGCUACAUUACUGGUAGCUGAGCUUCCGUAGGUAGCUACCUUCCUUUUGCAUCUCCUUCCUUGGUUUUCCCUGGAAAAGCAAUAAGAUCUUAAAAAGUGCAGCAAAGUGAUACAUUACAGGUCCCAAAAAGCAUCAACCAUUGACAAUUUCAGUUGACCUUGUUUUUUUUUUCUUGCUUUUAUUUAUAAAUCAUUGUAUAUUCCUGUCUGCACAUAAUUAAGGAUUGCACAAAGUUGAACCAAAGCGGGUUACUAUGAACACAAACUGGCUUUAGACUUUUACUGUAGAGUGCACUGAUCCAAUACUUUCCCCUUUUCCCUUACUUUGCUUCUGUUUUGCCUUCUUAUAAGAUAUGACUCCUCCUGAAUGUAUUUCAAAUAUUCCAUAUGCAGGCCAUUAUGUGAAUACUAAUAUAAAUGAAUGGUUAUACAUGUACACUGCCAUGAUUCCGAUCUGUACUUCACGAGCAAGUAGAGCUGUGCUGAGACUUGGUGAUUUGUGUAUUAGUACGUCUAUACACUUCUUUAAAAAAAAAAAUUAAUUAUAAAUAGGUGUACUCACUGCAUUCCAUACCAACACCUUUCACUGAGAGAAUGAAGUGUUUGUCUCUGUUUUUCAGUCUCUACAAUGACUCGAUUUCCAUAUUUGGUUUCUCAAAUCUAACCAUGUGCCCUGGUAACCCAGCAUUUCCCGUGUAAUACAAUGGCUGUACUUUUGUGUCCUUGAAAAAUAGUAACAUCAUCAGAUUGUGGAGUCAAAACAAGUAAAGAUACUCUGUGAUUUCCACUUUAGUUCAUUAUUUUAACCCAGUCCUGAAACAUAUGGCUGGCAUUGGACAGUUUCCGAACUACGUUAUGCAAACUUGUUUUUGUGUGGGGUCCUGCAGACCAGUCGCUGGAAAACAACACAACAGCUUCUCACACAAAGGUAAAUGUAACCUUUACCCUGGCAUCUCAACAUUGUGUUGCAGUUUAUGAGAAACCUAUUCAUGGUACAUGAUGGUCUUAAAAUGAGUCCAGCUGUUUUCCAGUGAGAUCCAGUAAUAACAAAUUCCCUUUUCUGUACCUUUUAGUCAAAACCAGCUUUAUUAAUGCCAGACAGUAUUUAGGUUAAUGAAAUGUAAGGCAGGGGACCAGGGGAAGUUAUUGUUUCUGUUUUUUAUUUAUUUAUUUUCCAACUUUUGCCUGACAAUAAGAAAAGGUGGAUCACAAUAACAUGUUUUUUUUGCUCAGUGUCAAAAAAUGAAUAACAUUGAAACAUAGUCUGCUGUUUUCAGUCAGCCUGUGUCAUUGUGUCUGUUGAUAACUGACCAUAUUCAUUUAAAUCGUUUUAUCAAAAUGUAAAUGUCUUAAUACUCACACCUAAAACUGCCGCCGGCAGUCAUUAUAACGGUUACAUUUUAAACAACAUCAGUAUUAAAAUGAAAGAAACUAUUGGAUACAACUCCAAAAGUUUUAUUCAAGCACGUCGUAUCAAACAUCUGCACAGGGGGGCUCCCGAGUGGCGCAUCCGGUAAAGGCGCUCUGUGUGGAGUGCAGGAUGUGCCCUAUAGUCUGGACGUCUCCGGUUCGAGUCCAGGCUAUUCCACUGCCGACUGUGGAUGGGAGCUCCCAGGGGGCUGCGCAAAAUUGGCCGAGCGCCGCCCGGGGGGGAGGGCUUAGGUCGGCCAGGAUGUCCUCGGCGCACCAGCGACCCCUGUAGACUGGCCAGGCACCUGCGGGCUUGCCUAUAAGCUGCCCAAUGUGUUGCCCUCUGAUGCUAUAGCUCUGGGCUGGCUGCAUGGUGGGCCUGCAGAGUGAAAAGAAGCGGUUGGCCGAUGGCAUACGCUUCGGAGGACAGUGUGUGUUCAUCUUUGCUGCUUCCAAGUAAGCGCAGGGUUUGUAGCGGUGAGCUGAGUCUAAAUACAAAUUGGACAUUUCAAAUUUAAAUGAACAAUUAAACAUAAAAGGGUUUAUUUCCUAACAACACAUAUAAAGCACUACUUCAAAAAAUGAAAAACUAUAAUAAAAUAAACAUUUCAAAAGAAACUAGUGUGUAAACAGGUGUAUGCACAUACAAAACUGUAAAAAUGAAAGUAGUUUUUAAUUUAAAACAAAAGUAAUAUGUUUUCCGUUGCGUGUGUGUCACUCAGUGCAACACAGAAUCCAGGUUGAGCUGCUGCAGCCUGCUGCUUUGCAGUGUUAUGAUCGAAAUGUUCCUGCCAAAGCACUGGCUAGCUUCAAGACAAAGUCUCUCCUAGUGAUAUUUUCCCCAGUGCAUUCCUUGUACAAAAUGAAAGAAUUGAUGGCUCCCAGGUCCAUUAGAGAUAACAACAGGCUUGUAUAUAAAAAAUACAAUAGAAUAUUGUAGAUUAUAUUCAAAAUAAUAAAAAAAAAACAUUUAUUGUAGAAGAAUCACAAUGACUGCUGGCGGUUCUAUGUAGAGGGGAUUAUAACAUUUAUUUUUGUGAUCCUGCCUUUCAAACACCAUCAGGGUGUUUUAAUACAUGUAUUUAGUCAGGAACAGACAACCGCUUAUCUUUCACACACGCAAAGUAAUUUAAUUGUCAAAAGUGAAAACUGUCAAAAGGACUGCCGUGGCAGUUGUAAUGUUAAUACCCGAUACCACCUUUUGAUUCCCAGGGCAGUGAUAUGUACUGAUUUGUGCUGGCACAUUGGUCUCAGUUUGAGCAGUUAUGUCAUUUCUUGUUUCAAAAGGAUAUGGAUUGGAAUUAUGCAUGUUCAGAAAUCCAACAGUAAACUAUUUCUUUAAAAAAAAAAAAAAUGGAUUUAGGGAACUAAUUGCAUUUUGGCAACGACUUGUGCUUUGUAAAUUUUUGCAGCUUAUUUUAAUUGCACUGAAGAUAAAUGUUUGCUUUUUAUUAUAAGACUUUCAGAAAUACUAAUCUUGAACACAAUAUUUAGUACCAGUGAGGAUGUCCUUGUACAUUUUGCAUUACAAUAAACAUAAUGCACAUAAUAGGAGGCAGAAGCUGCUGGGAUGCUGUGCUUCUUACUUCAUGCACUGAUGGGUAAACUACAUUGGAGGGCAUAUUGGAAGGGGUUCUUUCCAAUUUGCUGCUCUUGAAUAAGUUGUUCUUGUUAGUAAAUACCAGAAAAAAGUGGACUAGUGAACUGGCUAACCAGUUAGCAAAUGUGAAUCACAAGUUUCUAUAGAGGCCAGAUUGGCACUAUAAAAGACUGGUAACCUUAACUUUUUUCUGUAUUUCAUUCUAGCUGAUUUAUAUUCUUGUGAGAGACUAGGGGCAAAAUAAAUAUCCCAAUCUGACAUGUAGGUGGCAUUCAAAUGAAAUCAAUUUACUUCAGGUGUUUGUAUACAUCUGUUGUGCCUAUUUUCUUUAAAUACCUCAUGGGAACAAGCUUUCAUUCUCUUGCUGUUUUUAAAAGGGUAAUAAAAACUGUGAGAUCUUCUUUAUUCUGCUGUUGCCUGCUCGCUGCUGUGUCCUACACCUGAGCUAAAGAAGAGACGCAUUGUAAACUCAUCAUGACGGAGGGAUUACUUGCCUUUCUGAUGGUUGUUGUGUGAUGGACUGUUAUCCAGUAGCUUUUUUUUUUCAAUGUAUUUAAAAGGAGUCCUUGCUCAAGCUACCUUGAACUGUUUCGUCAUGACUGCUAUGAUUGAACUUGUCAAUGUGACUCUAAUAAAAAAAGAAGAAAACAUGAA